AUGCGGCCGAAGAGGAGCAGGCCCUGGCGGUACGGCAGGGACGUCCGGCGCCGCAUUUCCUCGGCCUCGGCACGCCGCGACUUGUACAGGCGCUCGUGCGCGGACCUACUCCUGCCACCGCGGUGCCCCGGCGCCCCGCCCCUCCCCUUCGCAGCCGCAGCUGACGGAGAUGGAGAUGCGCUCGUCUUCGCCGCCGUCGGACUUGCUGCGAUCGGGCAGGUCCUUGAGAACCCGCCCCAGCGGCGGGAGCCGCGGGAGGACGAGGACGACGCGGGGGCGACAGAGGAGGCGGUGGACGACGAUGAAGACGAGCGCGACGCCGCGAGGGUCGCCGGCGCCGGCUGCUGCGCGCCUGCGUCUCGUCGGCGAACUCGGGCUCCGGCACCAAGUGGGACGCGGACCGCCGCGCACGAAGCGGCGCCGGACGCGGCCGCGUUCGUCCGCCUCCGCCUCCUCCUCGUGCUCCGCGGCUGCGUCGGGGAAGUCGAGCAGCACGGCGGGGUCCGGGUUCGGCUGCAACAGCGCGGCGGCGAGGCGGACGCUCUCGGAGACGCGGCCGCCGGCGAGCGGAGGCGGAGGGGCGUGGCGGCAUUGGCGGAGAAGACGAGCGCGACGCGGGCUGGGAGGCUUCUCCAAAGGGAAGGAUCAGUUUUGGGAGGGUGGGUCCCACUGUUAGCUGUUAUUAGCUGCUUUCAUUCAGCUGGUGGGACAGUUAUAUUUGAUCAUUUAGCUAACAACUAUAUGACAUAUUAG